UCUGUAAAAUGUAACUGUAAAUAAACCUCUUGUACAAACAGUAAAUGAGUGUUCUCACUUUAAAACUUGUCUUAACAAAUACAACAAGCUUAGCUAAUAUAAUUUGUGGUUGUUGGUAAAUGAAUGAAACAUUAGCCGUGUGGAGGAGGUGCCUUGUUUGUCCACUGCUCACCUGUGCUGAAGGCUCUGGUUUCACACACCUGCGCUGUGCACAACCCUGGGCUGUGUGGUUCUGCACUGCGUCUGUGCCCGCUGCUGCUUUUAUGAGGGUUUUUGUUCUAAGAGGAAAGGGACCGGGGUCAUAGAAAGCAGGAAUGAGGAACUAGACUCGAAGCAAUGCCUGUGUCAUGGGCACGGAGGGCGAGGAGAACGAGCAGACGAACGGGGACGAUGAAGCACCUCAGCAGGACUCGCACACGGACACUGCCAGUGUAAGUAAAACCCUAACGGUACGAAUACUGUCCCACAAGCUUCUUGACUGAGCGGAGUAACAUUCAAAAUGACUCACAUUUAAACAAGCAUCAGUGAAGCUAUUAAUACAUAUAUUUUUCUGAGAUCCUAUACCACACAGUAUGGGAUGGCACUGAAUGAAUAAUACAUGUGCAGUGGGUAACUCAAUGAGGCCAAGAGUUGAUCUGAUGGAGUUAGUAUUGGUUUCAGGCAUCUAACAUCACGACAUGAGACCAGUAAAGCUGCAAUGCUACCGUCAUAUAGCAGCUUUAGACCGACAGCUAAGUGUGACUUGCGCCUUCGCAUGUGACCACAGAUGUUUAUUGGCAUCGUUCAUUUAAAGGUUGUUCCCUUUAUCCCAAUAUUGAAUCCUGUGAGCUGUAAUAAAGUGGAGGAGGCAAGUAAUAGUAGGAAGACAUUUGAUUCCACAUCAUUUCAGCAUCAUUAACCCCAUCCUGGUAGGAGUCAGGACAUUGAGGUGACUAAGUUAAAGGGCAAAUGAUAUUUACUGCUCCCUCAAUGACAUUUAUAUGAGUGUGAGUGUAUCCACGCACCCCCACCCGGGCGGCAGAUCGCUGACGUGUCUGUGGAGGUGGCCACAGUGGACCACACGCUGCGAGCGCUGCGCAGGAAGUACAGAAAGACCAGGCGGAAGCCGAAGGGUCUGGAACGGCUGUGGGCGUACCUGUUGAACAUCCCGCACAUCACCAUCAUCAUCACAGCCGUGGUCUUCGUGGUGGUGGUGAUCAUCUGGACGCUGCUCUGGGUCUUCAUAUUCCGCAGGGAGAGCAACAGCGGGGUGUAUUUUGCCGGGAUGUUCCGAGUCGCCAACGUGGAGUACAUCCCCGAGUACCGCCAGGCGGACUCCAAUGAGUUCGUGUCCUUGGCCAACAACAUACAGCAUGUGGUGAGCAGCGUGUACAAGAUGUCGCCCGUCGCCAGACUCUACAAGCAAGCUGUUAUUUCGGACCUCAGCACCAACAACAAGGGCGGCGUGCUGGUGCACUUCUGGAUGGUGUUCGUGGUCCCCCACCUGAAGGCCCCGGCCGUGUGUGAGGAGUGCAUAGCGGCCAUCUUCAGGGACUCGGUGUUCACGCGCAACAGGUCGUCCGUGGGCUACAUCCUGGACCUGCCCGUCGAUAUCGACUCCAUCUUCAUCAACGCUGUUCAGCGCUCAGAUUACACGUCAAACACAGCAGGCUCGCAGUGUGUGGAUAAGCUGUACGCCAACCUCCUGGGAGCAAAGGUGCCCUUGAACGUCUUCUCCUCCUGGGGCGGCGUGAGCUGCCACGUGAAGCUCACGUCCGUGCCCGGCUCCAUCAUCCGCCUCACCGUCAGCGCCUUCCUCGUGGAGCCCAGCGACUGCGUGGAUGACGCUCUGAUUGUGUACGACGCCCUGCUGCCCAUGAGAGGGCGCAUUCUGCACAGGCUGUGUGAGCCCGUGUCCGGCUCCCUCUCUCUUGUCUCCACCUCCAACGUCAUGCUGCUGUCCUUCCAAAUGACUGACGGCAACAAAAGCUUCAGAGGACACUUUGAGGCCGUGGCUGAAGAAGUGUGUGUGUCUCAGAUUGAGACUGCGUCGGUGCCUGACAUCACGCAUCAGCUCUACAGCCCCUUCCAUCCCAGCCUGCUGCCCCCUCAGUGCUCCUGCACCUGGACGUUUGUGACCCCUCACAGUUCUUUGGGAGUUGCUCUGCAGUUUCAGAACUAUGAGCUGAAACCAAAAGACAUGAAAGGUUGUGACAGUGGCUGGUGGAAGGUCAAUGAAGUAAUCUUCUGCGGCACCUACGUGGGCCACGGCUCCGUGUUCCGCAUCGCUGACCACAACCCGGAGGUGGAGUUUCGCUGCAGCUCACGCAACUCGGCGCCGCCGUUCCAGGCGUCGUGCGGCAGCUACAACAUCAGCCAACCGUGUCCAGAGAGCCACUUCCUGUGCUCCACGGGGCUGUGCGUGGACCGGAGCCGGCGCUGUGACGGCCUGGAUGACUGUCAAGACGAGAGCGACGAGGUUUUCUGCUCGGGGCCUACGGCGAACUGUGGCGGCAACAGUCCUCUGCAUCCGCUGUUUGUGUGCAAUGGAGAGAGCGACUGCACCAAUGGAAGAGAUGAGUUCAACUGCAGCCAGGAAACGAGCUGCUCCGCCGUCAGCUACCAGUGCAGCAGUGGCUCCUGUCUCCUGAAGAAGAACGCAAGGUGCGACGGCGUCUACGACUGCCAGGACCACAGCGAUGAGGAGGACUGCGCCUGUGGUCGUCCCUCCCCCAUAAAGAAGCCAGUCUCCUCCACGGGCCUUGAACGCAUCGUGGGUGGAGCUAACUCCGUGGAGGGGGAGUGGCCAUGGCAGGUGAGCCUCCACUACUCCGGAAGCCUGUACUGCGGCGCGUCCAUCCUCUCCUCUGAUUGGCUCAUCUCGGCUGCACACUGCUUCAGCAAGGAAAGGAUGUCGGACCCGCGCUACUGGAGGGCUCACCUCGGCGUGCUCGCGCAGGGCAGCGCCAGGCACGUGGCGGAGAUUCAGCGCAUCGUGGUGCACGAGUAUUACAACAUGUACACGUUUGACUACGACGUGGCGCUGCUGCAGCUCAAGGAGCCGUGGCCCGCCUCCCUCGCGCCACUGGUGCAGCCCGUGUGCCUGCCGCCCCCCUCCCACACCGUCACCGUCAGCCACCGGUGCUGGGUCACCGGGUGGGGGUACCGCUCUGAGGAGGAUAAAGUCUUGCCCUCUGUGCUGCAGAAGGCAGAGGUUUUCAUAGUGAGCCAGACGGAGUGUAAAAGGAGCUACGGCCUCAUCUCGCCGCGCAUGCUGUGCGCCGGUGUUCCCUCCGGGGAGCGCGACGCUUGUCGGGGAGACUCGGGGGGCCCUUUGGCCUGUCAGGCACCGGGAGGGGGCCGCUGGUUCCUGAUCGGCAUCGUCAGCUGGGGGUCGGGCUGUGGCAGACCAAACCUGCCCGGAGUCUACACCCGGGUCAACAAGUUCACCUCAUGGAUCUACAGCCAUACCAUAAACCGCAGCGGUGAAAGAAAGGAAUCUGAUUUGGCGCAUCCGCGGGCGCAGCGGCCAAGAUCCGGCCCCGCAACACCUCCGACACGUUGCGCUCAAACACCUGCGGGCUUCAGAGCCCCCCGAAUACACAGGGAGGACGUUCGCCCACAAUGUCUGUCACACGGACGCUUGUGCGGAUUGUCCGCGCUCAUAGAGCCCCCAUUGUGUCCGCACUGCAUUGUGGGGCUCCGGGUGACACCUGCAGCCCAGCGCGGGGAAGCGCGGAGGCGGGGAGAGAGAGCCCGCCGCAUCCGAGCCGCUCAGGUCGGGUUUCUGCGCUUUUUUUCCCCCCAAAUUAAGCACCGGCCGCGGGGGUUUCCUUUCUCUGCGCUGUUCCUAUGCCUAAGAUAUUGUUGCAUAUCUCGUCGGAGCGAACCGGGACUGUGCUAUGAGGACUCUCGCCCAAAGCCGAACUUGCGAAGUGUUCUGCGUCUCGGGGCUCGGACGCUCCGGCUGCUCUCCUGCACAGAGGGGGAGUUCAAGGAGCCCACCCAGACUGUGAGCCACUGCAGGAAGCCUGAGGAUCAGACGGAGGCGAGGGUGGAGGGGGGGCGAGGUGCGGCUUGUGGCUCCUGGAGGAGGUGGAUGUUGGGGCUCCUGCCUUUCUUUCCCUUCACUGCUGCUGUUGCACUGACCCUCCACUACCUGACACCACCUCCCUCCUCAGUGUUCUUCCUCGGAGGCAGUGUGGAGUUUCCAAACCUGAGCUUCUCCUCGGAGCUGACUGACCCCACCUCCCCACAGUUCCGCCUGCAGGCUCAGGCUUUGAACCAUUAUUUCUCCGAACUCUAUGACUCCAAUCCCUGGAGCGACUACUACCUGUGCUCAGGAAUUGCUGCCUUCAGUGAAGGAUCCAAAGGGCUCAGCGUGUUCUACUGGAGCAAGUUCUCCGCCCCGGAACGCGUUGCCGUGACGAUGCGGACGUCUGCCCCAGAGAGGCUGCAGCGCAGGCUUCCCGGGCGCAACAAGGUGCAGCGGGACGGCUACAACGAGCAGCGCUACUACAUGGAGCAGGACGACGACCUGCUCCACCUGCUGGGUUUGGACCCUGAUGACUAUGAACCCGAUGAAAAGUCGGACAAAAUCAAGAAUCCCAGUAGCAUUCAGGGUGGAAAAUGGCAGCUGGGCUUCCAAGCAAUGUCUUUCGACUUAUACGCCAAAUACGGGAACAACCGCACGCUGAGCCUCGUCAGUCCCAAGAAGCCCUACUACCAGUGGCGCCUCCGCGUGCCGUCGGGCCACGUCGUCCGACUCGUCAUCCUCACCCUGCAUGGCGCCACGCCAGGAAGCUGUACUUUCCACAAGCUCUCAGCUUACGACUUCCUGCUUCCUUUACAGAAUAAAAUAAUUGCCAGGUGGUGCGGUCUGCCUGUGUCCGGCUCAUCUCCAGUCAUGAAGCUGACAUCUUCUGGGAAUGUGAUGCUGGUCACGUUCUCCUUCAGCAGACAGAGGGAUGGAGCAAUCUUCAAAGCAUAUUUCCAGGCCAUUCCAAAAGCAGGCUGUGGAGGGUCAAUAUCUUCCUGGAAUGGCUCCAUUUCCUCACCCUACUACCCUUCCUACUACCCUCCCAAUAUAGACUGUAGCUGGACGCUACAGGCGCCGUUGCCAGGAUACCUAAUCUCCAUGACGAUUGUGACGAUGGACAUCCAGGAUUCCCCGUCCUCAGACGGCUGCGAGAAAGACUGGCUGGACAUCGGCGGGGUCAAACUGUGCAACCCAGUGUCCGACAGCAGCAAAAAGCGGGUGUACGCCUCUCCCCUCACGCUGCACUUCCACUCCGACGAAUCCCUCACCCACAAGGGCUUCUACUUGCUCUACAGAGCCUUCUCCCCCGAAGGAACUUGCCCUCGCCAGUUCCGCUGCGGGGACGGACGCUGCAUCCCCCUGAGGAAGGUGUGCGACGGGGUGAGGGACUGCUCCGACGGACGGGACGAGGCCAAGUGCUCGUCCUGCAGGCCGGGGGAGGUGCUGUGUGCGAACGGCCAGUGCAGACCUCAGAGCAGCCAGUGCGUCGGCCAGAGCGGCUGCGCGGACAGCAGCGAGGAGGGCGCCUGUGGAAGCAAAUGCCACCACGUGUGCCCCAACAAGGUGUGUUUGCCAAAAACUUCCGUGUGCGACGGAACAUUCGACUGCAAAGACCGCAGCGAUGAGCUCAACUGCACAAGAGCGUACCUAAAGGGCUGCUCCGUGUCCUCCUACAAGUGUGCCAAUGGAAAGUGUGUGAGCAAGGUCAACCCUGAGUGUGAUGGAGCCAAGGACUGCUCCGACGGCUCCGAUGAGCUGCGCUGUAGCUGCGGCACCCGCCCCAGGAAGCGCACUAAGAUCGUGGGCGGCUCCGAUGCGGGCUCCGGGUCGUGGCCGUGGCAGGUCAGCCUCCAGAUGGACCGCUACGGCCACGUGUGCGGCGCCACGCUGGUCUCCAGCCGCUGGCUCAUCUCUGCAGCUCACUGCUUCCAGGACUCGGACGCCAUCAAGUACUCGGACGCCCGCGCGUGGCGGGCCCACAUGGGCAUGCGCGUGAUGUCCGCGGGCAACAGCGGCGCGGCCACCAGGCCGAUCCGCCGCAUCGUGCUCCACCCGCAGUACGACCAGUUCACCUCCGACUACGACAUCGCGCUCCUGGAGCUCAGCGCUCCCGUCUUCUUCAACGAGCUGGUGCAGCCGGUGUGCGUCCCGGCCUCCUCGCACGCCUUCCCCACGGGGACCAGCUGCUACGUCACCGGCUGGGGGGUCCUCGUGGAGGAUGGCGAACUCGCCUCUCGCCUCCAAGAGGCCUCCGUGAAGAUCAUCAGCAGGAACACCUGCAACAAGCUGUACGACGACGCCGUCACUCCCAGGAUGCUGUGUGCUGGGAACCUGCUGGGAGGCGUCGACGCCUGUCAGGGCGACUCCGGGGGUCCGCUGGUGUGCCUGGAGCGCGGUAAGCGCUGGUUCCUGGCAGGGAUCGUGAGCUGGGGGGAGGGCUGCGCGCGGCAGAACCGCCCCGGCGUCUACACGCAGGUGGUGAAGUUCACUGACUGGAUCUACCAGCAGACUAAAGGACAGGUGUGACCCAGCACCACAGGGACAUGAGGGGAAGAGACCUCCUGCACAGAGGGAAGCGUUCGGGCCUGGAGCGUCUCCUCGCUCUGACACGGCGACGUCAUCGGCCUUCAUUUUUGGAUGCGCGUGUCCGGCAGCUGGCGUUUGAGGCGUUGCACCCCCUGCUCCAGAGCCGCCUCCUCGCACGCCGUCACAUUCUGUCUCCUCAUCAUCCGGGCGGCAUCUUCAGCUUGUUUAAGGUUUCCUUACGUUACAGUUAUCUGAAACGCUCCGAAUGAAUUCCUCUCUUUGCUGAGAAUGUGACAUAAUAGCUGAUUAUGACCCAGAGAGGAAUCCUGUUUAUCCGUUAUCUUUAUUGUCAGUAAUGGUUUUAUGAGGGAAAGUUGUUAGGUGCCACAUCUUUCAUCUUCAUCCGGGCAGAACUAAAGUUUCUGAUUUUGAGAAAACUGAUGACAACCCAUUAGGAAAUAAGAUAAUGAUUUUUGUUACCACUUUCAGGUGAAUCAAGAGUAAGACUAUGGUUGAACGGAUUUCUAUUAGUGAGACAAUAAUCAAUCCAUAAUAAAAUCAGGAGACUGAAACACCAUGGUUUUGUUUGGAAGAACAAUCUGUAUCUGGAAAAACUAACAAAGUCAAACCGCAGCAUGUAAGAAAGAAACUAUCUGGUUGCAGCACAGUUCACAUGAAAAUGACUCAUCCAGUCUGUCUCGUGAAAUGUGCGCUAAGUUCAUUCCUAAAAGGAAUUUGGACAGUACAAAUGUAAUCUGACACUACAUUGUCAGACAUUCUUCUUAUAGAUUGAAAGUAUAGAAGGGAAAGUAUUUUUCAAAACAUAAUGAAGUAGUGUUAUAUUCCCACCUUAGGUUUAUGUGUUAGGCUGGAUGUUUCCUGUUAGUAUGUACUUGUAAUUACUGGGUUCAGAGGGGAUUUUCUUCAUGCAUGACCACAGAUUGAUGAUAUGAUUUCCAUGAUGUAAGGAAACAGGAAACAACCUCAAACCGUCGUCCUGGUGACGGCGAGGCAGAGCUGUCCCGGCAGAAACACUAACUAAUGAACACUGCACCAGAAACCAGUCCGCAGCAUCUGCCGCCACCCGCUUUCAUCCCCGAACCCGAGGCCUCGGCACAAAUCGCCACGUUUCGCCCGCCCGCCAGCCGGUUCAUCCUGUGCAUGUUAAAGUAGCCGAGUAUUUCCUGUUGUUGUUUCUGCCUUUCCUCUUUUUCAUUGUUCACUACAGAGUUAAGGACCAAGUGUUGCCAACACACGUCCGAUCAUGACUGUGGAAAAGUGUUCUCUCUGCCCACAAACCUAUAACUGGGUUCCUUGUCCGUGUACUGUAUGAGCGUGUUGCUUUUGUACUGUAUUUGUACUUACGUGCAUUUGUAUAUCAUGUGUUCACCCAAGUCAUAGAUUUAUAUUCAAUAUACUCUGCAGUGAAGUGAAUAAUCCCUCAGUAGGAGGUGGAAAUAUAAUUUAAUUUCAUAUUUAUCAA